GCUCACCCAAACAGAAGACGUCGGCGCCGGAGCGGGCUCGGACAUGGCGAGGCGACGCGCCCGCACGAGCGGCGGGGCCCGGUGAUCCGUCCCUCCUUCCCCGCCCCCCUCCCCUCUCCCGCACGCACGCCCUGUCCGCCCCCACCCCGCCCCCACCCCCACCCCGGGCGCGCCCGCCCGCAGCCCGGGGCACACACCCGCACGCGCGCCGCCCCGGCACACACUCCCGCGCUCCCACGGCCGCUCCCCCGCACCCACCGCCGCCACCACCGGAGCCCCGCAGCCGAACCACGCCACGCGCGCCCCGCCAGCCCGCCGGCAGCCCCCCGCCGCUCCCGCCGCCCCCGGGCCCCGAUGGACUGAAUGAAGGCUGCCUACACCGCCUAUAGAUGCCUCACCAAAGACCUAGAAGGCUGCGCCAUGAACCCGGAGCUGACAAUGGAAAGUCUGGGCACUUUGCACGGGCCGGUCGGCGGCGGCAGCGGCGGGGGCGGCGGCGGGGGUGGCGGGGGCGGCGGGGGCGGCGGGGGCGGCCCGGGCCAUGAGCAGGAGCUGCUGGCCAGCCCCAGCCCCCACCACGCGGGCCGCGGCGCCGCCGGCUCGCUGCGGGGCCCGCCGCCUCCUCCUCCUCCGCCUCCUCCGCCGCCGCCGACCGGGCAUCAGGAGCUGGGCACGGCGGCCGCGGCGGCGGCGGCCGCGGCGUCGCGCUCGGCCAUGGUCACCAGCAUGGCCUCGAUCCUGGACGGCGGCGACUACCGGCCCGAGCUCUCCAUCCCGCUGCACCAUGCCAUGAGCAUGUCGUGCGACUCGUCGCCGCCGGGCAUGGGCAUGAGCAACACCUAUACCACGCUGACGCCUCUGCAGCCGCUGCCGCCCAUCUCCACCGUCUCGGACAAGUUCCACCACCCGCACCCUCACCACCACCCUCACCACCACCACCACCACCACCACCACCACCACCAUCAGCGCCUGUCGGGCAACGUCAGCGGCAGCUUCACCCUCAUGCGCGACGAGCGCGGGCUCCCGUCCAUGAACAAUCUUUACAGCCCUUACAAGGAGAUGCCCAGUAUGGGCCAGAGCCUGUCCCCGCUGGCCGCCACGCCGCUGGGCAACGGGCUGAGCGGCCUCCACAACGCCCAGCAGAGCCUGCCCAACUACGGGCCACCAGGCCACGACAAAAUGCUCAGCCCCAAUUUCGACGCGCACCACACUGCCAUGCUGGCCCGCGGCGAGCAGCAUCUGUCCCGGGGCCUGGGCACCCCGCCUGCGGCCAUGAUGUCCCACCUCAACGGCUUGCACCACCCGGGCCACGCUCAGUCCCACGGGCCGGUGCUGGCUCCGAGCCGCGAGAGGCCCCCUUCGUCGUCCUCGGGUUCGCAGGUGGCCACGUCGGGCCAACUGGAGGAGAUCAACACCAAAGAGGUGGCUCAGCGGAUCACCGCCGAGCUGAAGCGCUACAGCAUCCCGCAGGCCAUCUUCGCGCAGAGGGUGCUGUGCCGCUCUCAGGGGACUCUCUCCGACCUGCUCCGGAAUCCCAAACCCUGGAGUAAACUCAAAUCCGGCAGGGAGACCUUCCGCAGGAUGUGGAAGUGGCUGCAGGAGCCCGAGUUCCAGCGCAUGUCCGCCUUACGCCUGGCAGCGUGCAAGCGCAAAGAGCAAGAGCCAAACAAAGACAGGAACAACUCCCAGAAGAAAUCCCGCCUGGUGUUCACGGAUCUCCAACGCCGGACGCUCUUCGCCAUCUUCAAGGAGAACAAGCGCCCUUCGAAGGAAAUGCAGAUCACCAUUUCCCAGCAGCUUGGGCUGGAGCUGACCACCGUCAGUAACUUCUUCAUGAAUGCCCGGCGCCGCAGCCUGGAGAAAUGGCAAGAUGACCUAGGCACAGGCGCCUCCUCAUCCACCCCCAGCACUUGUACCAAAGCAUGAGUCAAGGUUUUCUCACCUGGGCACAAGUCACCUCCAAAUGAGGACAACAGAUACCAAAAACAAACAAACAAAGACAAAAAAAAAAAAAUCACAAAGACAUCAGAUUCUUAGCUGGGGCCCUUCACUGGUGACUUGAAAGCACAAUUCUCCUGAAACGUCUAAUCUAGCUGUAAUCAUAGGCCAGGUGUUCGUUUUGUUUGGUUUGGUUUUAAAUGGCUACAGAGUCCAAGGGCGUGCUUAAAAUAAGUCUUUUUGAACUAGAUGCUAUCAUCUGAUCAUGCUAAGCAUCCCAGAGAUCCAAAUGGGGCCUGCUUGGAGUGAGUUAAUUACAGCAGGAUGUCAGCCAAAGCUCAGUGUGGCUGUAAGCAUCAACAGUCCCACUCAGGUCCUGUCAACCUCUUGAAUCAGUUUCCCGUGAGUGAGAGUGGGAAUUCAGCCUGAGUACAGACACAGUUCAGGAUUCCAAAAUGCUGUGUUAAGAGAAGAAUUUAACAACAAGAAAGGCCUCAUUUGCUUUCCAAGUGCUUAGCCUCCUUCUACCACAAUACACUCAAAUUCUCAGCCAUAGCAUUACAAAGAAAAAAAAAAUCAAAAUGGUAAUUACUGAGCACAAGUUUUAAAUAUGGAAAUCAAUAAAAAAAAAAAAAGACCUGUUUUUCCAACUCAGGCAUCUUUUCACUGGAUAGUUUAGAAAGCUUUAAGUCGUUUUCAGUUUACAAUUUUUAUUUUCCUUACCUCCUGGAAAUCUCAUGUGGUCUUUUGGAUCCGUAAAAAAAAAAAAAAAAAAGGAAAAAAAAAAAAGAAAAAAAAGUUCAGUUGAGCUCAAAGUAUCAAGCACAACGAAGACAAACAAAUAUAAGGAAGGUUCUGGUUUCAAUGCAUCCAGUUUGACAAGGCGGUUUACAACCGUCUCUACUAUUGCGAAGUCAUUAGGGAAUCACUGGGAAUAUGGCUUCAAGCACAUUUUGCAGUUUGUUACAAAUUCUGUUUGUACACAAUGCAGAUGCACACUCAGGAGGCCAAUUUAACUGUUACAGUACAGGAGCAAAUGUAUCAUUUGAAAAUAUAUAGAUUAUUUUUUUUAUUUUUAUUUUUUCGAUCAUUACAGUGUCCUUGAUUUUAUUAGUCAUCCAGUUCCUCCUAUGUGCAUUCCGACUGUGGUCCAUUCGCAUUCUUGCUGAUUUGUGUUUUUCCUUAUCUCAUCCCGAUAGUUGGGAUAUUUCUAUUGUUUUCUACAAAGAAACGGUUUAAUAAGACACCUCCGUCAUCUCUUCCUAACUCUCUUUGAUUGUUGGCUCACCCUUGUAAAAGAGCCGACGGGAUCGGAGGGAGCACAAUACACCAAAGAAGCAGAAUACUGCAAACCAAAGACAUUUAUUCCCUGCCGUUUUCUAGCCUACAAACGCUGUGAUUACUUUUAGAGAUCAGAGCACCUCUGUAACUCGGAGCGGCAUUAGGCUCUUGUCUUUGGCUCACCAUCUGGCUGAGCAGACCAGCUACGUCAAUGACAUUAGCCAAACAUCCAGGCAGUGGCUUCACCGUGCCAGCUCUGGUUGUCACCUUCCCCGUAGGAAGAGGGCCCACAGAACUCUGGGAGAUUACAAAGGUCACUAUGUGCAUAUUUACCAGUGAAUGGCCCCAGGUGGGCACCGUGGGGUGUUCAAAGCAAGCCAAACGCUGCAAUGAUUCUUUACAGACACUUAAGACUGACUUUUGUAUGAAUUACUUAAUUGAAACCAAAGAAACUUUUUCUGCACCUACUUCUGCAACAAACAGAACCGUCCCAUUAAAUGAGUAAUGAUUCCAUCAAUCACUGGAAAUCGCCACCAACAAGAAAAGCACGCCAGAAUAAAGAAAAAAAAAAAAAAAAAAAAGCAAAAACACCGAAGACACACUGUGUUCAAACAGACCUCUUGGGACAUUUUUUUUUUCUUUUGGAAGCAGAUUUGAAAGAAAGGGUUAGACAAGAAUCAAAAUACAGAAGAGCCUCAGUGGCUGCUGCUUCAUUUGACAACUCACUCGGUAAUCUUAAAGUUGAAGAUUGUCUUUAAUUUGUGCCUAUGCAGUUUUUCAAAAGAACAUGGAACAGAGCAACAGAAACCUCAACAGCUACAAUACCAAAGAUGAGGAUUCUCACACCUUUUGUCUCAGUUCAUCACCUUCUUUUGCCUGGCUAAAAUACUUAUAGCGUCAUUGAUCUGUACAAAGGUAAUUGAUUUUGUUUCUUUAAGCAACAGAAGGAAAGGGUCAUUUGUCUGAUUUUAUUGUUUCCCUUUAGUUUUGUUUUAUGGCUUUUUACCCAACAUGGAAUGCCCCCACCAAAGGUUCCAUGGACUCCAAAUUUGAGAUGUUGGGAUACUGAAAGGUGUUCCCCUCUCUCUUCAGCAGAGUAUGGGAAAUACUAUUUUUUCACUUGAAUGUUCAUUGCUUAGCCCUUAGACUUCCAUGUUCUAAGUCUCGUCAUUGGGGGAGGGAAGGGGAGCAAGGGUCAGGGGUAGGAUUCUGGGUGAUCCAUCCUCUCCAGAACCAAAGAAUUUAUAGAGAAAUUUAUAGAGAAAUUUCAUGUGAUUGCCACAUAUUAACACCGCUUCAUUUGGGGGUGGGGAAACAUGUAAAAAGAAUUGCCAGUUUCUACUUUUCUAUUAGCUUUUUUUUUUUUUAAAAAAAAAAUGAUCAGCUGUAAAAUUGCAUUUCUAAAGAAAGAUAUAUAUAUAUAUUAAAUGUAUGGGUACAUAUAUAGAUCAACUGGCAUUGGUGAUAACCGUAAAUUAAUGCUGUCCAAAUUCAUCCCAUCUUUUUGUUAUAUGCUCCAUUCACUGAUGUCCAAAUUCAUCCCAUCUUUUUGUCAAUGCUCCAUUUGCUGAGUAUUCACUUCACAACUGUUCUCGUUUCUCAUGCCAUUCCAAAGUUAACCUGCCAUUAUGGUGGUCUGGCAGUAUUCAUAUUUCUAUGUCAGUUUAUGGGAAAGGUUGAAGGUCACAUUUAAGCAUUUCUACAUGUAACCUGUGGAUGGAUUCAUGGUGUAAGUGAGUUUUAUUUGUAUUUAGUAAUCUCUAUUCUAUGCCUCAACCAUGAUAAGCAAGGUUUAUCCACCAGACUAGCCCAGAGCCAUGCUGCCGGCAAUGGGAAACUCACCUACCAUCAUUGCCGGGAAUGCUUAGUGGUGGAGCAGAACACCCAGAAAUCAAUUUUCCGGGAGAUGCCCUUCGCAUCAGGGUGUUCUAGAUUCCUCGCAGUGAGUAGAUCCAACACGGGUUUCUCAUGGGGAAGUCCAGCUCCUGUUGCGAUAGGUUGAUCAGCCCUCAGGGUAGUAAUUACCAGUUUGCAUUGACAAGCUUGAGUGCAACCGCAGCUGGUGCUGGGGUGGAGCGGGAGACAUCUCAAUCCUGGAGAGAAGACACACAGCAGACUGUGACGUGAGUCGCAGAUUCCUGUUCCUGGAUAGCCACAGCAUCUGCUGUGCUAUCUCUUAAGUCACCCAAAGCAGGCAGUCCUGGGGGGGAGGGGGGUAUCCCAGCUAGAGCUGAGACAAUGUGGCUCUGUAUGAGUUUUGUAAUCUGCCCUACCUAAGGAGUGAUUCUUUCUCUUUUCUCUCUGUCUCUCUUGCUUAUAAUCCAUUGGACCUUUGGUCAAAUGACCAAGAAAAAGUUCUAUUUCCUCAGGAGAUUGCUCCCUUUCAGCUUUGGUCAGAUGAUUUUUAACUUGGGUAUUAGUAAAUGAGUCCUUGUGAUUUGUGGACAGUAGGACUGGUGGUUCUGUUUGAACCUUCGAAACCAAGCAUCUUGCUCUGAUUGGUGACUGACAUACUAAUUAACAGCACUUGGGUGUCUCCAUUCUUGGAAGAUGAUGGAGUAAAAGAAAAAGGCAAGAAUUUCCCUCCAGGAACUCUAUAAAUGUCUCACAUAGCUCAGAACAUAGCAAAGAGAAUACUUUCUUUAAACAGUUAUUUACGCACACACAUAUAGAAAUACGUAUGUGUAGCUAUACACGUAUGUGUCAAAAUUUUAGGUUGUACAAAGUAUUAUUUUACUAGAUAGCUGAAAGGAAAAGUACCAUACUGAAAGGUUAUAAAAGUUAAUCCAGUGUUUUUUCUCAAAGACUUUAAAUUUUUAUUUUAAAUCUAUAGACACAGUUAAAGCAUAGAGUCUACACUUUUAAUACAAAAAUGUUCCAAGCUGCCACCACCAUCAACAACAGCAGAACACUGUGAAAGAACAGUGCAGAACCCAAUUUCACCUUCUUGGGGUGACUGAAAUUCAAAUGCUAAAAGCUAUUGAGUGAAAAAUAUUUUUCCUCAAGCCUUCAUAUAACUAAGCUUAAUUUUUUUCAGUGUAAUUUUAGUAUUAAGGAUUCAAUUUCUUCAUUUCCAGAAAGGAGAGCUAAUAUAUUUCUUUUUUAAAUGUACAACAACAGUAAUAAAACUUAAUCCUAGUAUUUAAAAUAAUUUCCCAUAAUGUAAUAUAGCAUUUAGUUUGUGCCACAUAGUGAUACAGGCUCUUCUGAGCCAAGAAGGAAAGAUCAGAGUUGCAUAUAUAGCUCUUGCUUUUCCAAAGAUUCUUGGCAGCUUCAGCUUUGAAAUUCCAAUCUCAUUGUCACUUCAAGCUAAAGCAAAACAAAAGCUAGGAAGAUAAAACUAACACACACAGACACACACACAGACACACACACACACACACAGACACACACACACACACACACACACACACACCUUUCCUAAGGCAAACAGUGGGUUUCGAAGCCAAAUGUUUAUUAGAAUUUAAAUAAUCAAACAUUGUGUAUGUUGGGCAUCCAUGUCUUAGUACCAGGAAAUUAAAACUGGAUAAUUUUCAAAUAGUCACCAUUCAGUAGGUACAGAGAAGAACUUUUCCAUUAUCAAAAAUGCCAAUGGACGUGUCUGUUAGCUUGGUACUGUCAAAACAUGGAAGUACACGUUUGGAGGAAAUUGAUCUCUGAGAGCUUGUCUAACUGGAAGUUUUAAAAAUAUACAAACAGACUAAGUUCCAAGAUUGUUAAAAGGUAAUACUGAAAACUGGUGGAAGUAGAUCUCUGUAGUUAAUGUUGACCAACAGACGCUACCUUGACAAUACUUUUUCUAGAUUCCUACCCAGUCAGGGCUGGGUUUUUACUGUCCUGUUGCUGAUGCGCCGAUUCAGACUUGCUAAUCUAACCAAGUGAGUGAGUGGGAAGUGGCUGAAGGGCCUUUCUGAUGGUUAUAUAUAAAGCUGGGUACCAUAACAGUUCUGUGCCAUUGGCUAAUCAGAAAGCCCAGUGAAAACUAAACUAAAAAAAAAAAAAAAAAAAAAAAAAAAAAUCCCACAUAACAAGAGCAGUGUCCCACACAGGUAGUUGCGUGAACUAUGGAUGACCUAAUUCCUAUUUCUGUCAAUGCUUUGUUCCCUUGCAAGGUAGUAGAUAAGGGUAGAUGAUUGAUUGGUUUGUUUUAGAAGUCCCAAGUACUUAAGAAACAAACAAAAAUAAUAAUUCUUAAAAUAACAAAGGAUCUCCUAUACAUACAUAGAUAGAUGCGCAAGUUUUCACCAAAGCCCAUGGAUUAUGUUUAGGACCUUAAGUGCUCCUUGACCUCAGUGACUCAAGUGACUCUGCCAGUCAUAGGGAGUGAAAGGUGGAGCCCAGGCUCUGCCCCCCCUAGGCUCUGAGUUAGGUUGGUUCACAUUACCCAGGUUAUACGUUUUUAGUGGAGAGAAUGUAUGUAAGAAAAAGAAAAAUCCCCACAGGUUGUUCAUUCCAUGGGAAUCUUCCAUCUGGCUCCAUUUUUAGCAGCAGGUAUUUUACGUGGCAUAGACCUUGGUAGAUUAAGUUUUGCCUGACAUUUCUACAAUCUGUGGGCUUGGAUGUACACAGAUCUAGAUACAGCUUUCAACACACAUCCUCACAGCUGACUUUACAUCCACAUACAUUGCCUAGAGGUGUCUAGACUGUGUACAUGCAAGCCUGUACAGACGUGCUUAAUACUUAUAUAUAUUGUAAUCUGUUACAAUAAAUAAAUUUCAAAUCAUCAUGCAACAUGUAUGUGAUACUCUGACAAUGUACCUUGUCUUUUUUUUAUUUAUUUCUUGUAAUGCUGAAAACCAAAGGGCAGAAAUGUAAGCAAAUGUAUCCCAACAUCUUCAUUCAUCAUGAUACUUGAAAUUACUUUCAUUUGGGUUAGUAGAACUUUGGCUAUUAUUUAAUUAUCUGUUAGAUGUUUGAUGACUUUGGUUGAACAGCUUUAUUCUGGAUCUCUCAUAAAUAAAGCUAAAUCCAAAGACCUUAAAAAGAACAAAAAAGGGGAGGCACGGGGGGGGUGCAGAGUAAAGUGCAAAUCAAUGUGAGGAUGUGGGCACUGGUUUCCAGGGUUGAGACAAUGGUGGUGUGUCUUAUGGAGGUUACAUUAGCUAGUGUGGGGGGGGGGGAUGAUUUUCUUUCCCCUCAUGUUUGUCACCUCAAAGUGGUCUUUAAUGUGAUAAAGCUUUAGAAGUUAUAUUUUGCUGCUUUAUUUUGACUUAGAAUAUAGAAUGAAAUGACCCAUUCUGUCCACCAUCCCAAAAUGAAGACAACCCCUUCCCACCCCUCAGAUAUAUUUUAACUUGUCUCUUUCAGUUGUGACCCAACAAGCUGUUAAUAUAAUUAAUUUAUUUAAAUGAGUUUCUCGUGUGCUAGUGUGUAAGAUUCGGGUAAUUAUUUAAUUCUCUUUUGUUAGUUUGAUUGUUCUUCGUUCUUAUUUAUCAGAAUCUAGAGCCGUGGUGUCUGCAUCUGAGAUGCAAAGCCUGGCUGCUGUACUCCUCUAGUGUAGUCUGCUUCAUAAAGCGGUGAACUUCUGUUACAGGGAAGAAACAUAGGUUACAAUGAAAAUGAAAAAACAAUCUUGGGGGAUUUCCCCUCUUGGAUUAACUUAUAAAAUGGUUUAAAUGGUUGUUAAAUUAUUUAAUUUAAGUUCACAGCCCCACCUGGUACCAGGCGAACCUCACCUCUUAAUUGCUGGGGCCCUCGGAGCCUUUCUCUUGUAACUUAUUUAUUUAACUUAUUGAGCGUCUGCCACAGAUGCGCCGUACGGUUUGUGUUUGUUAUUUAAGAUGGCGGCGGGUACUGCAGUUGGUUCGCUGUCAGAACAGCAGAGCGGAUUCAUGGACAAGCGCUGACUGGCCAGCCUGCACCUGCUUUCAGAACCUGAGCUGAGAUCCAACGUCACCAGCCCAGACUUUGGGGCUGCUAUACGGAAACUGGAAAAAUAAAUAAAUGAUAAAUAAAUAAAAAUCAUAAACCAAAAAGAGAGGACCCUUACACUAGCUGCUUCCAAGAAAGAACUCAGUGUGCGUGUAAAGCAACAAAACAAAAAGGGGGAAAAAAAAAAAAGCAGAAAAAAAAGGAAAAAAAAAAAAACGGAAAAACUUUCUAUUUGUAGUGAGAACCAAAGAAGGCUACCUCACUGACUUUUCCAUUUGUAAUUUUAAUCGUGUUGAUGACACCAAAGAUACCAAAGAUUCCUUUCUCUGUGCGGUCUGCAUUUUGCUUGUGCUCUUUUAUGAUUUGAACUCUUCUUUCUGACAUAUGGUAUGGACAGCCACAGCUCAGACUCCCCAAAGAAACAAUGAUGUGUGUGAAGGCGGCUGCUAACCUGGAAAGGGGUAUUUUCUGUGUCUCUUGCAUUUGUCUGCUGCCCCCUCCCACAUAUUCUGGAUGCAAGUUGGGAUGCUGCUUGUCACUGGAUUCCUUAAAGUUCCAGUUCAAAUUUGGUGAAAAAGCCUGCUUGUAAAUGGUCUGCAGUCCUAGCCAGGGACCUCUGAGCCCUGGAGCUAUCACAGGCAAAAGUGCUGAGCUAUUCAACUACAGAAAUAAGCACUGGCUGUUAAGAGCUGGAAGGGGCCUGAGGACCAGUCACUCCUCCUGAGGCCAGGUUGGAGUAGUUAUCUGAGUCUAAAGGGAAAAUAGUAAUUCUUCAGCAGUGAAAGCAACUAUAGCUUAUGGAUUAAUAUUGUCAUCCUUUAAGAACAUUUUCAAACACCCACAUCUCAUAUAGAGUCAUGUAUGAUCCAUUGCUGAGUAACAUGACCAGCCUUGAACUUCUAGGGCUCACUCAGGGGUUCUGCCCUGGGAAGGACUUUUGAACCCACCCAUUACAAAAUUUUAAAUAAAUAAGCUUGCAAUCAGUGGAAGGAGAAAGCUCAGUCUUGACCCAUGGUACUUUAAUUACUAUGGCAAUUCUAAAGUCAAUAUUUAGCAAGGACGGCACUUGGCUAUUGCUUUUGGUAGGAUAUUUCAGCUGUCAGGUUUUUCUUAAAUUGUUUUUUUUUUUAAAUUUUUUAACCUAACCGUGUUCUCAUUUCAUUUUUAAGUCAAUUCUAAUUACAAGAUAAACGUAAUAAGCCUUGCAUUAUUUGAUGAUAAGGUAUAUUCCUUGUAAACAAAAAAAUACCCUAAAUAGCAGAGGAAUGGAUAUAAUGGUUAAAGUUACUUUCUCUUUCUCUUUUUUUUUUCCCCUUUUCAAAACUUAAUUGGUCUUGUUUAAAUUUCUUUAGAUUCUAUUAAAUGACUAAAUCACUAUCAGGAUCAUUCACCAAAGUGAUUGGAAUGUUAGCCAGUGAAUCUUUUCCAGCAUUUGGACAAGUGGGAUUUAGAUUCACACAGACUCCCAGCUCCAGUCUACUGAGCUCUUUAUUGAAUACUGCAUUUUAACAUUUCACAUAAUAGUUAUCACUGAGCUUUUAAAGAGACUACUAAAUAAAGCUAAGAAGGGAAGAUCAAUUAACACAUCAGUUCCACACACCAACAGAGUAUGGCCAAUAGAAGAAUUUACAACAGAUGUGUAAACUACAAAAUACCCAUCCUUUCUCCUCUUGUAUUUCCUCCUCCUCCUCCUUCUUUGAAAACGGGGCUUUAUGUGUUCCAAGAUAGCCUUAAACUCGUUGUGCAAAUAAUGAUGGCUUUGAACUCCCAACUCUCCUACCUCUAUGUUCCUAGUGGUGGAGUUUCGGUUGUGAGCCACCAUGUACAGCCAGUUAUCUUCUUUCUGAAAUUCCAAAGUGCCAUCCUGCCAUAUGUGAAAGCCCUUUCCUACCUAGAUAGGCCUAAACUCCCGUGUUCUUCCUAUUGAAGGCAAAGCUCCAGGGCCUUCUUUCCAAGCAGCUGAUCACCAAAUUCCUAUUGGAAAUUAAAUUCUCUGAAUACCUGGGAGACAAUAAAUUCACUAAGGAGCAGAGUACUUCCCCUGUAAGCAGCAGCAUCUUCUCCAGCCUCCGUACCACUAGGAAAGAGAACGUAGAAAGAGAAAUAGCAGCCUGAACACAGAAAAUAUCUCAAUUAGCAGAUCACUCUUCAGCGACAACCCCUACCCUCCAGCCUCAUGCUUCACUUGCAAAGUGGGACGUAACCAUGGGACGAGUGCCUUGCUUGAACCAAAGCAACGAUUUAGCCAGUCUGGACCUCUCUGUGCUUUUUUUAAUCCUUCCUGUGAAUACCUCAGCUUCAACUGGGCCUCCAUACAGUAACUUGGUAGGCUUAUUGUACUGUGGUGCUUUGCAAUGCAACCCUGCAAAGAACAAGAUUUGUACUAAUACCAAAGGUUCUUUCUCUACGUCUCUUCCUUCUGUCUCCCCACUGUCCCCCUUUUCUAGUCCCUCAUGGUUCCAAAGCUUUAAUAUGAACCUGGGCAUGUUGGCAAUGCAGACCGCGCAAUUCCUUACCGAAUUUUCUCAGAUAUACCUCAUAGAUAAUAGUGUUUAGAGUAAUGUUAUUAUAGCGUAUGUAAUAAAUUAUUCACUGUUUCUUUUGGUAACUGUGAUUUAAAAAAAGAAAAAAGAAAAAAAAAGCUUUAUACGGUUUAGGUUGUGCUUUUGUAAUAGAUGAAAAUGUGCGCUUAUAAAGGAAAUGUACGUUCUUUUUAUUUUCUUCUCCCCCCCCUUUGGAUUUUAUUUAUUCUGGAUUGGGGAAAGUUGCAGAAUGAGCCCAAAGUUUACAGUUUCAUGUUUUGCUGAAGAAACAAUCUGUGUUCAUUUGCUCUGUUGAAAAAAAAAGGAGUUAUUUUCUACAUUUGUGCUAAUCGUUCUGUGAUAACAGUGUAGUAUUAUAAUUAGCAACUGCCAAUCAGUGCUAUAAUUUUAUGCAUGAGGCUAAAAGUUUAGCAGUGUGAUGCAUUGUGGUCUUAAUAGCAACAUCUUUCAUUUUGUACUAGAUCCUCCCCUUUGGUUCAACGGACAUUAUGUAUGCAUGGGCGCCUAUCGUUUGUUUGUUAGCAGUCGUGACCAGUUGUGUAUACAUUAAACUGUGAAAGAUGCACACAGUUUGGCCUCAGAUGGUGAUAAUACUGGUUUUCUUGGGAGAUGUAUUACCUUGAAAAAAAAUACCUUUCCAUCUGUUGGGAUUUCAAAAUGAGUCAGAUUUAAUCGGGUUUGAAUUUUAUCAUGAGAAGGGUCAUCCAAGCUGGCGUUAGCCUACUUGAAUCCCACAAAUUGGGAUCCUCAUAACCCAGAUACAUCACUACAUCUGAGUUGAAAAUGAGCAGUAGAGAAGCACUCACCUCUGCAUUUUUAAUUUCCACUGAAAGGAAUUGCAGCUUUAUGUUCCUGACCUCAGACCCAUAUAAAGCAAUGCUCGUUCAUCUAGCUCUGACUUUUCUGCUUUUUCCCUCAAGAACUGGCUUCCUCUGGGACUCCGUUGUCAGUUCUCAGUUGAAAUGCACAGAGUACAGAUAUCAGUAAUUCAUCUCUGGUCUUUUUGUACACUCUCGCAGAUAACCCCAUCAGUUAUUUGGACAAAAAUAUGUGGUCGCUCCCUAAACUUACACUCAUGUGGCCCUAUCCUGCUUUUCCUCCUUAGGGUCAGAAAUAACUCUAGAUUACUCUUUAUAAACUUAUGCCUAUAUUCUAAAGGGGAACAUAAGAUUAUUUUUUUUUUUGAGAACCAAUUUAGGAAAACCAUCUUGGUUUGAAUUCCCCAAUCUUUGAGGUCUCUCUAUCUCAAAAAGUAUUUUUCUGUCCCAGUGGAUUGGCAAACACAUUCUUAUAUUCUGAGAUCCAUUCUUGAGUUUCAUUCCUGUUUCCUACACCAGUAUGCUCCCCAUAAAACCAAAUCAACUGCCAAGUUCUGCAGAAGAAAAUGAAGACGAGGAAGCAACGGUGGGAACACAGCAGUCUGCCAUGCAGAAUCCUGGAAACCACCAACAGACAACAGUGUCGCACCUGUGUCUGUCAGUAGGACGUUGGAGAUGUUCUUUCAUUAAUGAUGCAAAGGAACGGCCUUAUAAGUAGGUUGUGAUAAUGACGGCUUUGUAAUGUCAUCUUUUGCUUGUUUAUUUGUUUCCUUUUAUCAAUCUGCCAAAGAUGGGAAUGGAUACAAGAACUUUAAAAUCAGCUUUUGUAAGCCAGUUGUUGAUUGUAAUGGUGUUUGAUCUUCCAGAAAGCUUUACGUAUUCUUCUGCAAUAAGUCAAGUCACCGUUUGUUUCCAUAAGUUCUCCUCACACUCAUAAGCCUGAAAACUGUUCCUCAUGGCACAGAUGCUGUAAUGCCUACAAUGUUCUAAUGUGUUUUUGACCCAAAGCAGACAAAGGUAUGUGUGAGACACGAGCAUGCCUGGCCCUUUUUACUACAAGCAACACAGGGGUCUGGCUCACUAGAAUUUGCCAAGAAGACUUGUCUUAUGAAAUUCAAGGUAUAUUUUGUUAUGCCGUUUCAUUUUCUUUUUUUUUUUAACUGUGGAAAGUGAUAUGUUGAAUCAAGUGUAAGCUGAGUUCUCCAGACAACUGAAGUAGCUACAUUGUGAAUGUUAUUUUGUUAUUAAAGGGUUUUUACUCAA